UUCAGCCAUGGCGGCGGCGGCGUCGUCGUCGUCGUGGGCCGUGAGGAGGACGCGGGCCUGGGCCCCCUGGAGCGUACUGGCCGCCCUCUUCGGCCGGGGCCAACCCAACCCCUCGCUCGACAGCGCCGUGCGUGCUCCGUCGAGGUGGUUUUCGGAGCGGUCCACGUUAAGUCACCGUCCAAAGCAGCCUCUGUCAGCUUACCUCCGUUUCGUAGUGCAACGGCAAUCUAUGUUUAAGCAACAGAACCCCGAUAUAAAAAUGACAGAAAUAAUUAAAAAAAUUGCUCAGGCAUGGAGGGACCUUCCUGAAGAAGAGAAAAAAGUGUAUGAAGAAGCUGCAAAUGAAGAUUGGGUGAUAUACAAAGAGGAGUUGGCCAAGUUUAAAGCAACGUUAAUUCCACUUCAGAAAGAUGCUCUGAAAACAAGUCCAAAAGAGCUAAAAAAGAAAUCUGAAAGAAAAAAAGAAAUGACACAGCUUGGAAGGCCUAAGAGACCCCAUAGUGCUUAUAACAUCUUUGUAACAGAACGCCUUCAGGAAAUUCCGGGAAAUUUAUUGAAGGACAAGAUAAAGAUUGUAUCUGAAGCCUGGAAUAACCUGCCUAGUUCUCAGAAGCAGGCAUAUAUUCAACUUGCUGAAGAUGAUAAAAUUCGCUAUGAAAAUGAAAUGAGGUCAUGGGAAAGUCAAAUGGUUGGUGUCGGACGGGAAGAUCUUCUACGUUUCAAAAGCAGAAGGCGCAAAGUUGUGUCUGAAAACCAAGGAGGUGUUCAAAGCAGCGCUGGAAAAGAGAUCUAAUCUCAUUCUUUUCAUAAUAAACACUCAAAGAACUAAUCAAGUUUCAAGACAAGGAGCUGUGGCAGAAGUCCAAGAGGAAGCGUGUAAAUAUCUCAUCAGUCUUUUGUUGGUAUUUUGGAUCAUUCUGCCACCGUGUUACUGUGUUUUGCAGUUAACGCUUAGCUGUGAAUGAUACCAUCUGGAGUGAGGUCAUGCAAAUUUAGGAAGAGAUCUUUAUGGUAUAGGAUUUUUUUUUAAUCGUCGGAACUAUUUCCUAUCCAAAUAAUCUCUAUUGGUAGUGUUGACUUAUGCCUUUAUGAAAAAGUAAAAUUGAACUGUGAAUAUUUUUUUCCUGCACGAUGUUCGGAAGAAGCAUCCUUGAUGCCUAAUUAAGGAAGUAGGCAUCUUUGCAUUUCUAAAAUGAUUGAAUCAUAAUAGCCACAGUGGUAUCAGUGAAUAUUUAAAUAUGGAGAAAGGCAGAACCAAUCUUCAGGUUUAAAUACUUUAAAAAGUAUCCAGUGAUGACGGUGUGACAUUAAUUACUGACUUCAGCUACUGAAAUGUUUAUCUAACGGGUUGUCAGCAGGAUUGCAGUCAAACUCCAAUAUGAGAAGCCAAGUCUCAAGUGUCCUGUGGAGUCUGAAUGUGAUCCUCUUUGUCUUUUUUUUUUCCCCCUCCUUUUUUUCACCAUGGAUCUGGGCAGGAAUACACAAUGUCCCCACCUGCCCCUUUUUUUUUUUUGUAAAAUAAAAACAAACCAAAUCAUGUAUCAAACCUAUGCAUACUGUUUUUACACGGCGUAGAAUAAAAUAUUUUAAUGAAU